AUGGCGUCUCUAGGCGCAUGCGCGUUCCGAUUCGCGCGGCGCUUUGUGGUUUUCUCGCUGGUUCUGGCGUCGCUCGCGUGUUUUGGUCAAGCGACCGAAGAUCUGGUCAUCGUCAGGGUAGAUCGUAAGAUCGACCUUCAGACCCAUCUUGUCCGCAAUUCCGCGACCCUAAAGGUGGAGAACGCGGGCUCGACACCUGUCUCCUCGGUCACCCUCGCGCUGCUCGUCCCGCCGCCCGGCCGCCUCGCCUUCGCCACAGCCGUUCUCCUUCAGGGCAAGGCCAAGAGCCGCACCUUCCAGGAACUUCCCCUCACUUCCACCACCCCGGAAUCUCCGGUCGAAAACGCGAUCUACUUUAAAGCCCAGCUGCCCGCGCCGCUAGAACCCGGGAAAACCGCGCAGAUAGAGUGUUACUUUGUGGUGAUUAACGCCCUCACGCCUCACCCGGCGGAAAUUUCCCAGGCGGACCCGCAGCUGGUGAUUUUCCGCGACUCGCACUACUUCACCUCUCCAUACCCCGUCCGAUCGCAGAGCACCGUUCUUCGCCUCCCCAGCCACCAGAUCGAGUCGUUCACGCCGCUGGAACCUUCCAAGAAGGCGGACUCGGAGAUUAAGUUGGGGCCGUACGAGGGGGUGGAUGCCGGAGAGGUGUCUGCGCUGGCGGUUCAUUAUGAGAACAACCGGCCGUUCCCGCUGUUUGAGCGCGCGGAGCGGGAGUAUGAGAUCUCGCACUGGGGGAACGUGUAUGUGACUGAGGACUAUCAUUUGGUGCACUCGGGGGCGAAGCACACGGGCAUGUUCUCGCGUCUGGACUAUCAGCACCGUCCCAUGGCCAUUGGAGUCUCGUCCCUGCGCGGACUCAUGGCAGUGCUGCCGGAGAGGGCGCACACGGUGUAUUACAGGGACGAGAUCGGAAAUAUCUCCUCCUCGCACCUCCGAUACCCGCCCAGAAAGGCCGAGCUGGAGAUCGAGCCUCGGUACCCGCUCCUGGGCGGGUGGUCCGUGACGUUCCGGGUGGGGUACAGCGUGCCUCUGGGCGACCUGGUCUCCAUCAGCACAGACGGCACUCGCAUGCUCAACGCCACCCUCGGCAGCCCCUUUGCUGACGUGCCCGUCAAGCACCUCACUGUCAAGGUGGUGCUUCCGGAGGGUUCAUAUGGCAUUUCUGCGGAUGUGCCCUUCCCAGUGGGCAAGAGCACCGAGACCAAGUACUCAUACCUGGAUACUGUGGGCCGCCCUGUUGUGGUGCUGGAUAAGAGGGACGUGGUGCCAGAGCAGGGGAUCAUGCACUUCCAGGUUAAGUACAAGUUCUCAAAGGUGGCUCUUCUCACGGAGCCGCUCCUCCUCAUCCUCUUCUUCUUCCUCCUCUUCCUCCUCUUCAUCGCCUACACACACUCCGAUCUCACCAUCUCCAAAACCGCCCCCGCCUACCUUGCCAAGCUUCACCAUGAGGAGUUUCUCGAUCUCAUCCAACGGCUCUCGCGCCUCGUGGCCGAUCGUGCGGCCCAGAUCGAGUCUCUGGACGCGGGGCUGCUGAAGCUGGGGAGGAGUGGGGAUGUGGCGGGGGCGAAGGCGGGGAGGAGGAAUGUCGAGACUGAGUUGAAGGAGAGUGGGAGGGAGAUUGCUGCUGUGGUGGUCAAGAUCGAGGCCCUUUCCAAGGUCCCUGCUGGUCCCCUGCGCACUGUGCUAACCUUGGUUGCAAAGGAGAAGGAGCGCGCAGAGAGGGCGGUGGCGAAGCACACGGUGGCGGUGGAGGCAUACGAGAAGAAGACCCCUGCCAAGGAGAUUGACGCCAAGAUUGGCCCGAUGCAGCAGCGUUUGGCGGCUCUGAAAGCAGAGAUUAAGGAACUUGUGAUGGCUCUGGAGGAGUGA